GCUUAAAUUCUGGCGCGCAUUUCGUUGAUGAUAAUUUGGCGCCAUUUCCAUUCACUCCUACGUGCCUUGGAAGUAACUCUGCAAAGUCGAUAUCUUUAGGCAACAAUGACUGCAGUAGCCCACCAGCACCUCCCGUUUCAGCGACAAACCUUCCCACAACAUGGGCAGAUUCAGGUUAUAUUCGGGCCGAUGUUCUCUGGCAAAACGACUGAGCUUAUCAGAAGAGUUAAGAGAUAUGGAUUUGCCAAUUACAACUGUUUGCUAGUGAAGUAUGCCAAAGAUCUGCGAUAUGAUGACAUCUGUGUUGCCACUCAUGACAGGCAAGUUGCCAAGGCAGUAUCCUGUACUGAGCUGAAAACAAUAGAAAAUACUACCUCAGAAUACGAUGUUAUUGGGAUUGAUGAAGGCCAGUUUUUUCCAGAUGUUGUUACGUUCUCUGAAAAAAUGGCAAACAAAGGAAAAACAGUAAUAGUUGCUGCUUUGGAUGGAACUUUUCAGAGGAAGGGUUUUGGCUCAAUAUUAGAUUUAGUUCCACUUGCAGAAAAUGUUAUUAAACUUAGUGCUGUUUGCAUGAAUUGCUUCGGAGAAGGCUCUUUUACAAAACGAUUUGGUUCUGAAACUGAGGUUGAAGUCAUUGGUGGGGCAGAAAAAUACAUGGCAUCUUGUCGUUUGUGUCAUUUCAAGAAAUUGGAUAGAAUCAGCAAUGUUGAAAACAUAAAGGAGAACAAAGAGAACAUAAACGAUCCAAUCAAGAAGCAUGCAAACGAAAAUAAAGUCAAUGAACUUAGGAAUCCACUGAAGCAUAAGACACGUCCAGGCACAUGUUUGCAAUCAAUUGAGAACAUUGAUUCUUGUCAACCAAAGAAGAUAAAGUUAGCUGUUUCGUAAAUAAAUUUUGUUGAGCUUGAUAAGGCAAAGUUAAGAGACAAAUUGAGUUCCAGGUUGUUGCCUUUUCUUUUAGUGUAGAUAUAUUUUCUCUGAAGCUCCUUAGCAUAUUAUUUUCAAAAUUGGCUUCUUGGGAAUAGAUAUAAGCAGGUUGCCAUAAUUCUUAUCACCUACUUUUAAAAACCUCUGCUUGAAAACCGCUUUUUAUCAGAAGAAUUAAUUUUGGUUUAAAUGCCUGAUGAAACUCAUUCUGAAACAUCAUUUUAGAUGUAAAGAUUAACUGUUCUUAAUUGAUUUUAUAUUAAAUUCUUAGGUUAUAUCAUGUACAAAUUUUCUUACCAUUUCAUUCGUUGUCGAUUUUGUAUUUGUUUUUAUGUAUCAUUUUAUUAAAAAUGAAAAGUAUUUUCA